AUGUCAAGUGAUGGUGAACUUAAUGUUGAUAGUCUUAUAGCACGUUUACUUGAAGUACGUGGAUGUCGUCCAGGAAAAAUUGUUCAAAUGACUGAAGGUGAAGUACGUGGUUUAUGUUUAAAAUCACGUGAAAUAUUUUUAAGUCAACCAAUUUUACUUGAACUUGAAGCACCACUUAAAAUUUGUGGUGAUAUUCAUGGUCAAUAUACUGAUUUAUUACGUUUAUUUGAAUAUGGUGGAUUUCCACCGGAAUCAAAUUAUUUAUUUCUUGGUGAUUAUGUUGAUCGUGGAAAACAAUCACUUGAAACAAUUUGUUUAUUACUUGCUUAUAAGAUAAAAUAUCCUGAAAAUUUUUUUCUUCUUCGUGGAAAUCAUGAAUGUGCUUCAAUUAAUCGAAUUUAUGGAUUUUAUGAUGAAUGUAAACGUCGAUUUAAUAUUAAAUUAUGGAAAACAUUUACAGAUUGUUUUAAUUGUUUACCAAUAGCUGCUAUUAUUGAUGAAAAAAUCUUUUGUUGUCAUGGAGGUUUAUCUCCGGAUCUUCAAACAAUGGAACAAAUUCGACGUAUAAUGCGUCCAACAGAUGUACCUGAUACUGGAUUAUUAUGCGAUCUAUUAUGGUCUGAUCCAGAUAAAGAUACACAAGGUUGGGGUGAAAGUGAUCGUGGUGUUUCAUUUACAUUUGGUGCUGAUGUUGUAGCUAAAUUUUUAAAUCGACAUGAUAUGGAUUUAAUAUGUCGAGCACAUCAAGUUGUUGAAGAUGGUUAUGAAUUUUUUGCUAAACGUCAAUUAGUAACAUUAUUUUCUGCACCAAAUUAUUGUGGUGAAUUUGAUAAUGCUGGUGGAAUGAUGUCUGUUGAUGAAACAUUAAUGUGUUCAUUUCAAAUUUUAAAACCAAGUGAAAAGAAACCAAAAUAUCAAUAUGGUGCUCUUAAUACUGGUCGACCAUUGACACCACCACGAGCAGCAAAUCUUCCACCACAAACUCAAUCGAAAGCUGGCAAAAAAUAA